AGAAAAUCGGAUUUUCCCGUUCCUCGUUUUUUCUUGAAAAAGUGAAAGCCUGCUGCGAAAUUCGUUGUAAAUCUUGCGCCAAUCGAACCAAGUUAGAAAUUCAACCCAUUCAAGCGCUGUGUUGAAGGCUGUUUGCCUAACGAAAGCUAGUGGAAGGCGUUUUUGCGUGCCUGAGAAAACGAGGAGAUCGCGAGAUAGAAAAACCUUCUUCCGGAGCAGACCAGACCCGGACAAUCACGAAGUAGGCGACGAGAGCGACCGCAUCGUGCAUCGUCCUCCUGCGUCACACCGAACCGAACGGCGGAAGUGAUUGCGCCUAGUGAGUUUAUUUCGAGUGUUGCAGCGAGUGUGUCGGAAGCAGCGGCCACCAAAACACACGCGGACGGCGGAUCACUUGCAGCGAUAGCAGCUGAUAGGUGCAACCGUCUGGUACGCCAAGUCUUUAGGCAUUAGUGCGCUCUUUCUCUGUGCUUAGUGGUGCAAUCCCCCCCUACGGGUGGUUGUAAAGACUAAACACACCGCGGGAGACAAAGUUUAUUGUCGCGUCGUGGUGUCGCGUGCGUGCAAUAGAUCUCUCGGUAGUGAAACGAUCCCGCGGCAGAAGCGCAACCUCCGCGUCACUCUCACCCCCAAAAAAACAGCUACAAAAUGACCGCCACACCGUCCAGUUCCGCCGUGCGAGCACUGUCCUUGGAGUACAAAAGCCUCCAGGAGGAGCCGGUCGAGGGAUUCCGCGUGAAGCUGCUGAACGAGGAUAAUCUGUUCGAGUGGGAGGUGGCCAUAUUCGGACCACCGGAUACGCUGUACCAGGGUGGUUAUUUCAAGGCGCAUAUGAAAUUUCCUCCAGAUUAUCCGUAUUCUCCUCCUUCAAUACGAUUUUUGACAAAAGUUUGGCAUCCAAAUGUCUACGAGAACGGUGACCUGUGUAUAUCGAUUCUACAUCCACCGGUUGAUGAUCCGCAGAGUGGCGAACUGCCCUGUGAGCGAUGGAAUCCAACGCAGAACGUUCGCACGAUUCUGCUGUCCGUGAUCUCACUGCUGAACGAACCAAACACCUACUCGCCAGCCAAUGUCGAUGCGUCCGUGAUGUACAGGAGAUGGAGGGAUUCACAUGGCAAAGACAAUGAAUAUCCCAACAUAAUUAGACGGCAAGCACAGGCCGCCAAAGCAGAGGCAGAAAAGGAAGGAAUCAUUGUACCGCUCACCCUAGAAGAAUACUGCAUCAAGUCCAAAACGAAACCUAGCGGACAGGAACCACAGCUCGAUAUGACCGAUUUCUACGAUGACGAUUACGAUCUGGAUACGGAGGAUGAUGACAAUGCAUCGGUCGAAUCGUACGCCGACGACAGCGGCAACGAGGAAUCCUAACGAGCUGAUCGAACGCAACCGGUUGAGGGUAGCAGCCGCCGCAGCAGCAUCAGCAGCAACUAGCAAGCAAGCAAGCAAGCAAGCCAGCAUCACCAUCAGCACAGAGAGGAAGAGCGAGGGAGAGAUAGAGAGAUGGGAUGUCCCCGAGUCUAUCACGAGGCCACAAGUCGUGUCGAGUCGAGAAGAAGUGGUGACAUCCAAGAUCAUCGCACCCGUUGAAUGGCGCCCGUGUGCAGAAGGGUUUGUAUCAUCCAACAACAAACAAGUUCAUGUUCAGCUUGCCCACCCAGCCCACCAACCACCAACGCAACCAUCGCGAUACAAACGAGCGCGUGCAUCUGGCACCUGGCGGGGUACAGUAGUAGUAGCCCGCCCCGAAAAAGCGGUUUUUUUUUGCGGGUAGAGAGUUCCGCUUCUCACUUCAGGCGAAAAUUUGCAUCCGUUUUUGGUUCCAAAUUAUCUCUUGUUUAAAAUUCUAAUGAUGAACAAUUACAAACCAUUAUUUGCUGGUUCUGCAUGUCCUGCAUGGUCCUGGAUGUAAAUUAAGUACGAGUGAUUCGAUUAAUUUUUUUGCAAUAGAUAAUACAAGAUUGCAAUGAUGCGUGUAGAUCGAACAAGUGAAGCAGAUAAAAACAAACAUAAUGAUUCCCCGGGUGCAACCAGGAUGCAAUGCCGGAUCCGGAAUGGAAGCUGCAGAGAAACGUUAAACGAGGUUGUGCCUAUCUGGUUACGAUUCUUGUUGCUCGUCCAAGCGAAUGGGCACCUUCUCUUGUAUUAUUAUUAUUUCCCUUUAUUAUUACUACUACGGAUUGGGGCUCAAAAACGUAUAAAUCGAACCUCCUCCCUUGAUUUCGGAUCAGUCUCUCAAGCUCAGCCAAAUCUCGCUCGCUAGCCCCACCAGCCCGAUUCUUCGCCGGUACUACGGUGAAAACCACUUGAAUGAAUAUUUGAUGAUUUUAUAGAGAUGGAUUUGGCAGAGAGUUGCUGCUGAUAGUUUGUAGGAUUCUUUUCUUUUUGAUUUGUUAUUGUGUAAAAGUGCGAAAUGUGAGUACGCGUAGCCCAACAUGGCACUUACGAUCGUAACCGAAAAUGGUAGUAAAUUGGGAGACAGACCUAUGAGUAAGAUCUACUGGAUAUAGGAGAUAAAUAACGGAUUUAAUACAAAAAAAAAAACACCGCAGUGUUGCUUAUACUUCCGUUUUCGUUUUAUUUGCAAAUCGAAUGACCCGUGUGUCUGCCUGUGUGUUGAGAAAUCUGGCCAACCUUCCGUGCUGGUUAAUGUACAUACGAGUGAGCAUAAUAGAGGGAUGAGUUUGUCAUUUUGUUUCACCUUGUAUCGCUGUUAAGCAAAUCUCUGUUCGAGCAACCACAUCGACGUCAUCGCCACCGCUCCCGAUCCUGUAGAGAAAGAGACUUCUUCUAUUCUAUUUGAGAGGCAACAAGCUAUGCAAAAUGAAGGAGGAAUAGACGAGAAUCGUACAUGGUUCUUGCAAGCAAUAAAGCCGUAAAAGACGUUGAGAGUUCAGUUGUUGUAUCUGGAUGUAUGAAAAAAAAUGAUAUAAAGGAAAAUUUUGAGAAAGAGACACAGACACAACCCCCCUUACAAGAGAAAAGCAAAAGUAUUAGGCGUAUUGUUGGUUGUGUCGCACUUCGUGCGAUGUUCGAUCGUCUACGCAAUGUAGGAAUGUACAAUAUUAAUGGAACGCAGUACUGGUGUGACAGGCACCACAGUCGAUUGAUAAAAAAAAAACUCCAUUGGAACCGAUAAUCCGAUUACAGACGGGAUGAUUGAUGAAACGAUGAGAUAGCGUUAUGUGCAAUAGUGGUGCGCAUGCAAUGCAGUAAGUAGUGGCUGCAGCAUAAGUAAUGCAAGUAAUCUAUAAUGAAUAGCAAAAGAGACAAGACGGUAAAACAGAAAUAUAGAACUGCUCGCGAUAGUUGGCCGCUGUUGGAUGCAAAAGGGACGGUAGUAGUUGGGCGUACCCAUGGCAUCGUUUCGCUAACAGCGAUAGUAAUAUCGAGCUGCAUGCUGACAGUUGCAACUGUGCUGGCCUGUUGUGCGUUUGGUAAGACAAUUGGCAAUGCUCUCUUCGGUCUCCGAAAUAUACAAAUGAUUUACUUUUAUGUAUGGA